AUGAACUGCGUCGCUGGCUGUAGGGCGCUUGCCCUUCGCCCGCAGCGGGGCAGCUUACUUGCUACCUUGAAGCCGUGUGCUUCUCUCUCUACAUUGAAAUCAACACCAGUGCUGGGACGUGGAGAUGGUUCAAAACAUACUUUGGCUACCACGAGCCUUCGGAACCUUACCCGCCCGCGCCCGCUGUCCCUGCAGCAGCAUGUCUCGCAUGUUACGGCUGUUGUGCGGUAUGCAUCCGGGCAGGCAUCGGAGCCGCACGACGAGGAGUUACCUAACACCCCGCCGUUCACCGCAGGCCCUUACUCCAACCUCACUAUUGGAGUACCCAAGGAAAGCUAUCCUGGCGAGAGGCGGGUAGCAAUCACGCCACAGAAUGUUAAGCUUCUACUCAAGAAAGGCUUCUCCCGCAUCUUGAUUGAGCGUGGUGCUGGCAGUGCCGGUACUUUUACUGACGAAGCCUAUGAGCAAGCUGGGGCUCAGACUGUGGAUCGCAGAAAUGUCUUCUCCGAGAGCGACAUUUUGCUCAAAGUCCGAGCUCUCAGUAUUGAUGGAAAUGAUAGCGAAGUGGACGCUAUUCGAGAGGGAGCUACUGUCAUAUCCAUGCUCUACCCAAUGCAGAACAAGCCGACCGUGGAACGAAUCGCAACCCGAAAGGCUACUGCAUUCGCCAUGGACAUGAUUCCGCGGAUUUCUAGAGCGCAAGUCUUCGAUGCACUAUCAUCCAUGGCGAACAUCGCUGGUUAUAAGGCAGUCUUGGAAGCUUCUAACCAUUUCGGACGUUUUCUAACUGGACAGGUAACGGCUGCUGGAAAAAUACCUCCCUGUAAAGUUCUAGUCAUUGGCGCUGGUGUUGCAGGCCUGAGUGCCAUUGCAACGGCUCGACGAAUGGGUGCCAUUGUCCGUGGUUUCGACACACGAUCCGCAGCGCGUGAACAAGUCCAAUCUUUGGGUGCGGAAUUCAUCGAAGUCGACAUCUCAGAAGAUGGUUCCGGAGCUGGCGGCUAUGCCAAAGUCAUGUCCAAGGAGUUCAUCGAAGCAGAGAUGAAACUCUUCUAUGAACAGUGCCGAGAGGUUGAUAUUGUCAUCACUACAGCCUUGAUUCCAGGCAAGCCCGCACCGAAACUAAUCACCAAGGCCAUGCUCGGCGCGAUGAAACCUGGUUCCGUUGUCGUGGAUCUAGCGGCCGAAGCUGGAGGUAACUGCGAAGCUACAGAACCUGGAAAACUGGUAGAUUAUAAAGGGGUAUCAGUCAUUGGUUAUACUGACCUUCCGUCUCGCCUACCAACCCAAUCGUCAACUCUCUAUUCAAACAACGUCACCAAGUUCCUGCUUUCACUGACCCCAAAGGACAAGAAGGAGAAGUACUACGAUGUUGAUCUUACCGAUGAAGUCACUCGCGGUGCUAUUGUCACUUAUAACGGCAAGAUCCUUCCUCCAGCUCCACGUCCAGCUCCUCCACCAGUCCAAGCCAAGCCUGCACCGUCGCCUGCAGACCAGGUUGCAAAUGCUGUUGCGCUAACACCAUGGCAGACCCAGUCUCGGCAAGUAGCCAGCGUCACAGGUGGCAUGACUGCUGCUCUGACUUUGGGUAAAUUUACAGGCCCGCUGUUCAUGUCUAACGCUUUUACGUUCGCACUAGCCAGUCUGAUUGGAUACCGAGUGGUCUGGGGUGUUGCGCCUGCUUUGCACUCUCCGCUCAUGAGCGUAACGAAUGCCAUCUCCGGAAUCAUAGGUGUUGGCGGCUUGUAUGCCAUGGGUGGUGGCUACCUUCCUGAAACCAUCCCACAAACGCUUGGAGCCUUGUCGGUUUUAUUGGCUUUCGUUAACAUAUCGGGAGGAUUCGUAAUCUCGAAAAGGAUGCUGGAUAUGUUCAGACGCCCUACUGACCCCAAGGAGUAUCCCUGGCUGUACGCAGUCCCCGCAGCACUCUUUGGUGGUGGCUUCAUCGCAGCAGCCUCUACCGGUAUGGCAGGUCUGGUCCAAGCAGGCUAUCUUGUCAGCAGCAUACUCUGCAUGACUUCGUUAUCAGGACUUGCAUCUCAGACGACUGCGAGGCGAGGUAACAUGUUGGGCAUACUCGGUGUAUUCUCUGGAUUCCUUGCGUCUUUAGCCGCUGUCGGCUUCACUUCCGAUGUUCUCACUCAAUUCGCCGGCCUGGCUACAGUAGGCACUGUCGCUGGGCUGAUGAUUGGUCGGAGGAUUACGCCUACCUCGUUACCCCAAACAGUCGCCGCGCUCCAUUCUGUUGUCGGUCUCGCCGCCGUACUCACAAGCAUCGGUAGCGUCUUGGGCCAUUCUGGAGAUAUUUCAACCCUUCACAUGGUUUCUGCCUACCUUGGUGUUCUCAUCGGUGGUGUUACAUUCACUGGGUCCAUUGUCGCUUUCCUGAAGUUAGCCGCCAAAAUGAGCUCGAAACCUUUGGCGUUGCCCGGCCGACAUCUCAUCAAUAGUACACUGCUUGGGGCGAAUGUAGCGACAAUGGGUGCUUUCUUGACCUACGCACCGGGUGCACCUCUAAUCGGCGCCGCAUGUCUCCUCGGCAAUGCGGCGCUCUCUUUUGUCAAAGGCUACACAACCACUGCUGCCAUCGGUGGAGCAGAUAUGCCAGUUGUCAUCACCGUCCUGAACGCUUAUUCUGGGUUCGCACUAGUGGCUGAGGGGUUCAUGUUGGACAACCCCUUGCUUACGACAGUUGGUGCUCUGAUUGGAGUAUCAGGAUCGAUCCUUUCCUACAUCAUGUGCGUAGCCAUGAACCGGUCACUGACCAAUGUACUCUUUGGCGGCAUAGCUCCCACGGUGCAGUCGGGCUCCAAGAUCGAGGGCGAGAUAACGAAAACAACAUCCGAAGAAACAGCCGAAGCUCUGGUCAACGCAGAGAGCGUCAUUAUCGUAGUCGGUUACGGCAUGGCCGUGUCUAAAGCACAGUACGCGCUUGCGGACUUUGUGAAAAACCUACGUUCGAAAGGUAUAACCGUACGCUUCGCCAUCCAUCCUGUCGCGGGACGAAUGCCUGGACAAUGUAACGUCCUUCUCGCUGAAGCCUCUGUUCCAUAUGACAUCGUCCUUGAGAUGGAUGAGAUCAACGACGACUUCCCAGACACGGACGUAACCCUCGUUAUCGGUGCGAACGAUACAGUGAACCCCAUCGCACUAGAGCCUGGUAGUGCAAUCGCAGGUAUGCCGGUACUGCACGCGUGGAAGAGCAAGCAGGUUGUCAUCAUGAAGAGAGGCAUGGCCAGUGGAUACGCCGACGUGCCGAACCCGAUGUUCUUCAUGGAGAACACAAAGAUGUUAUUUGGUGAUGCUAACGAAAGCUGCAAUGCUAUCAAACGCGCGCUUGAAGAGAAGAUCAAGGGGCUAUAG